AUGACUCACCGCGACCGCGGGGACCCCCAUGUCCCCCCACAGCGCGCCCGCCGGGACCUCCCCAUCUCCGCCCCCACCUCCGCCCCUACCACGCCCACGGGGGCCCCGUCUCCCAGCGCCCAACCACGCCCCCACGCGCCCGCCGGGACCUCCCCAUCUCCGCCCCCACCUCCGCCCCCACCACGCCCACGGGGGCCCCGUCUCCCAGCGCCCAACCACGCCCCCACGCGCCCGCCGGGACCUCCCCAUCUCCGCCCCCACCGCGCCCACGGGGGCCCCGUCUCCGAGUCCCCAACCACGCCCCCAGUGAGCUUCAUUCUCCAUGACUCACCGCGACCGCGGGGACCCCCCAUGUCUCGCCACAGCGCGCCCACGGGGGCCCCGUCUCUGAGUCCCCAACCACGCCCCCAAGCCCACAGGGAACCCUAUUCCUCUCCACUGCGCCCGCGGGAACGCCCUUCAUCUCCGCCCACAUGCCUUUCCCGCGGGGACCCCCAGCUCCGCUCCCCUACAGAGCUCACAGGGAACCCUAUUCCCGCCCAUCACGCCCGCCGGGACCCCCAUCUCCGCUCCCCUACAGAGCUCACAGGGAACCCUAUUCCCGCCCAUCACGCCCGCCGGGACCCCCAUCUCCGCUCCCCUGCAGAGCCCACAGGGAACCCUAUUCCUCUCCACCGCGCCCGCGGGGACCCCCAUCUGCGCUCCCCUACAGAGCCCGCGGGAACUCCCAUCUCUGCUCCCCUACAGAGCUCACAGGGAACCCUAUUCCCGCCCAUCACGCCCGCCGGGACCCCCCAUCUCCGCUCCCCUGCAGAGCCCACAGGGAACCCUAUUCCUCUCCACCGCGCCCGCGGGGACCCCCAGCUCCGCUCCCCUACAGAGCUCACAGGGAACCCUAUUCCCGCCCAUCACGCCCGCCGGGACCCCCAUCUCCGCUCCGCUGCAGAGCCCACAGGGAACCCUAUUCCUCUCCACCGCGCCCGCGGGAACGCCCUUCAUCUCCGCCCACAUGCCUUUCCCGCGGGGACCCCCAGCUCCGCUCCCCUACAGAGCUCACAGGGAACCCUAUUCCCGCCCAUCACGCCCGCCGGGACCCCCAUCUCCGCUCCCCUGCAGAGCCCACAGGGAACCCUAUUCCUCUCCACCGCGCCCGCGGGAACGCCCUUCAUCUCCGCCCACAUGCCUUUCCCGCGGGGACCCCCAGCUCCGCUCCCCUACAGAGCUCACAGGGAACCCUAUUCCCGCCCAUCACGCCCGCCGGGACCCCCAUCUCCGCUCCCCUGCAGAGCCCACAGGGAACCCUAUUCCUCUCCACCGCGCCCGCGGGAACGCCCUUCAUCUCCGCCCACAUGCCUUUCCCGCGGGGACCCCCAGCUCCGCUCCCCUACAGAGCUCACAGGGAACCCUAUUCCCGCCCAUCACGCCCGCCGGGACCCCCAUCUCCGCUCCCCUGCAGAGCCCACAGGGAACCCUAUUCCUCUCCACCGCGCCCGCGGGAACGCCCUUCAUCUCCGCCCACAUGCCUUUCCCGCGGGGACCCCCAGCUCCGCUCCCCUACAGAGCUCACAGGGAACCCUAUUCCCGCCCAUCACGCCCGCCGGGACCCCCAUCUCCGCUCCCCUGCAGAGCCCACAGGGAACCCUAUUCCUCUCCACCGCGCCCGCGGGAACGCCCUUCAUCUCCGCCCACAUGCCUUUCCCGCGGGGACCCCCAGCUCCGUCCCCCUACAGCAUCCGUGACCCCUAUUUCCACCCCUCACCGCCCGCGCGGGGACCCCCGUCUCCGUCGUACCGCGCCCGCGGAUAG